AUGGAUACGAGUUGGAUUUCUUUACCAAGAUCUACCAUUGAAUAUAAAAGACGUCUUGACGAAUUUCUUGAUUAUAUCUUUUAUAUCGAGGGUAAAAAUGGACAGAUAUCAUGUCCAUGCAUUGAUUGCGGUAAUCAAAUAUGGGUAGAUCGGGAGGAGGCUAGAACACAUCUGCUAUGUGAAGGGUUUAUUAAAGGUUAUACAAUUUUCCCUUUGAAUUCCAAACCAUGUGAUACGCCUAUGUUAGAUGCUGAAGAUGACAUGCAAGGGUUGGUGCAUGAUGCCUUCCACGGGUUUGGUGAGAACAGACUAGAAAGUGAAAUAGAAACUCAAAAUGAAGGUCGGAUUAUGCCAAACACAACUGCAAAAAAGUUCUAUGAAGUGUUGGAAGAUGCAAAGAAAAAACUAUAUCCAGGGUGUAAAAAGUUCUCGGUUCUUUCAUUUAUCAUCAGACUGUAUCAUGGCAAGUGUGUUGGGAAAUGUAGUGACAAGGGUUUCAGCUUGAUGCUUGAUACAGUGAGGGAAGCCUUCCCCGAUGCUUCCAUACCAAAGUCAUUGUAUGAGGUAAGGAAAAUCAUACGAGAGUUGGGACUUAGUUAUGAUAAAAUUGAUGCAUGUCCUAACGAUUGUAUGCUAUACUGGAAAGAAAAUAUCAACAAAACAAAAUGCGAUACAUGUCACACGUCAAGGUAUAAAACAAGUGAAGAUUCUAAAGAUGAGUCAACCACACCUAGUUCUGAAAAGAAGAUUGCAGCAAAGGUCUUGCGUUAUUUUCCGCUCAUACCACGAUUGCAAAGGCUAUUUAUGUCAUCUAAAACAGCUGCCUACAUGAGAUGGCACGAAGAGAGUCGCACGAAAGAUGGUUAUUUGAGACAUCCAGCAGAUACCCCAGCGUGGAAAACAUUUGAUUUUAAGUAUCCUGAUUUUGCCCGUGAAUCUCGUAAUGUCAGGCUUGGUUUAGCCACUGAUGGGUUUAACCCUUAUAGAACAAUGAGUGUUUCUCAUAGUACAUGGCCUGUUGUUUUGAUGCCAUACAAUCUUCCUCCUUGGAUGUGUAUGCAACAACCUUACUUUUUUCUAUCUUUACUUAUACCUGGCCCAUCUGCUCCUGGGAAUAACAUAGAUGUCUAUAUGGAACCGUUAGUGGCCGAGUUAAAGGAGUUGUGGGAUAUUAAUGGAGUAGAGACUUAUGAUGCAUCAACAAACAGUAACUUUCAGAUGCGUGCAUCUUUGUUAUGGACGAUAAGUGACUUUCCAGCUUAUGCAAAUUUAUCAGGCUGGAGCACCAAAGGUGAACUUUCAUGUCCUUCUUGCCAUAGGCAUACAAAAGCACAACGCUUAACUCAUAGCAAAAAAUAUUGUUUUAUGGGACAUCGUCGAUAUUUGUCAUGUGAUCAUUAUUUCCGAAAAGAUAAGAAGUCUUUUGAUGGCACAGAAGAACAAGAGAGACAACCACGUGGCUUAACUGGGUCAGAAGUACUUGAUGAGCUACAUGGUUUUGAAAUUAAGUUUGGAAAACUUGUGAAGAGCAACCCAAAUCUACCAUUUAACUGGAAGAAAAGUAUUUUUUUUGAGCUACCAUACUGGAAAGAUAACUUGCUACGCCAUAAUCUAGAUGUAAUGCAUAUUGAGAAGAAUGUUUGUGACAACAUCAUUGGAACGCUAAUGAAUCAAGAUAGAAAGACCAAGGAUCAUGUAAAAGCACGCCUUGAUUUACAAGAAAUGGGUAUUAGGCCUGAACUUCAUCCGAAAGUUCAAAAUAACAACAAAGUGUAUCUUCCACCUGCUUGUUUCUCAAUGGAUAAAAAAGAGAAAGAUAUAUUUUGUCGUGUGCUCAAAAAGGUGAAAGUUCCAGAUGGUUAUGCAGCUAAUAUAUCAAGAUGCGUAGAGUUAAAACCUCCAAAACUAUCUGGCCUUAAAAGUCAUGAUAGCCAUAUUUUGAUGCAGCAGCUGCUUCCCCUUGCCUUGCGAAAUGUGUUGCCUAAGCACGUGCGUUAUCCUGUGAUGAAGCUAUGUCGUUACUAUAAUCAAUUAUGCUCAAAGGUUCUUAAUCCAAAUGAAUUGGUUCAAAUGGAAAUUGAGAUUGGAAAAAUUCUUUGUGAUUUAGAAAGGAUAUUUCCACCAUCAUUCUUUGAUGUCAUGGUUCAUCUUUCGGUUCAUCUUGCUUCAGAGGCCAAAUUAGGAGGACCAGUUCAUUACCGUUGGAUGUAUCCAAUCGAGAGGUAUUUAUCUACAUUGAAAUCUUACGUGCGAAACAAGAGUAGGCCCGAGGGUUCUAUUGCAGAAGGAUAUUUGGCUGAAGAAUGUUUGUCAUUUUGUUCAUUGUACUUAUCUGGUGAUGUCGAUACCAUACAUAAUAAAACUAGCCGAAAUUAUGAUGACGGUGGUUAUGAGGAUGUUAUACCUAUCUUUUCUAUGCCGGGUCACCCAUUGGUGCUACAGUGGCAGAAAGAACACCUGGCGAUUCUUCGACAUGAAAAUCGGAAAUUACGACAGCAUCAGAUUGAACGUUUACAUAGUGAGAAAUUUGAGUCGUGGUUUCAAGAUCAUGUUGAGGAGUUGGAUACUAGAGGGGAUCAUAGAAUCACAGAGGAUUUGAGGAACUUGGCAAGUCGUCCAACUGAGUAUGUGAAUAAAUAUAAGGGAUUUAUCAUAAAUGGUUUCAGAUUUCACACAAAAGACCUAGAGGAGAAUAGGAAAACACAAAACAAUGGAGUUAUGCUUGACGCCAUGACAAAUAGCUUCUCGAGUGCCAGAGAUAACAAUCCUAUCGUAGGUGAUGUAACUUACUACGGGGUUUUGAAUGAUAUCAUUGAGUUGCAGUAUGCUGUUGACAAGAAAGUAGUUUUGUUCCAUUGUGAUUGGAUCUCAAAUGGUUCAAGGAAAAAAGAAGAUGAGAAUGGGUUUACUCUACUUAAUUUUAAAGGUUUGAAGCCUCAUAAUGAGCCUUUUAUACUAGCUUCUCAAGCACAACAAGUAUUUUAUGUUGCAGAUCCCGUUGACAAGGGAUGGAAAGUUGUGAUCAAGACAACGCCGAGAGAUUAUUAUGACAUGAAUGAACAAACAUGUCUUGAUGUGGAAUCGCAUUUGCAAAGUGAGACAUCUAUGGGUCCUCAACGUGAUGAAUAUUUGAAUAUUGAAACUGUUGCUAAAAGUGAAGACCGUUCCUUGAGGUCUGCACUUUGUUUUGCACAGAUGGCCACAAGUGCAAUCAGCAAGCAAUACAUGUGUGUUCUUGAAUCCAUGAACUCCAAAAAUGGAAAACCUUCUAAACAGCCGAAGAGCGAGCAUAAUCUUCUCGGUGAAUUUGAGUUCAAAGUGAAAACUGGGCCAAUUUUGCUUAGAUCUAAUGUUAAACGAGAAGCACAACAUACCCAAAUGAGUAAUGUACAUGCCCAUAAAUCGAAAGGAAAGGAUCAGCUGAACUGUUCAAAGUUUCAAGAUGAGAAUGGACUAUCUGAUGUGGAUGUUACAGAAUCAGCAAAACUCAAAAAGAUUAGAAAGUAUCGCAGAAACAAAGCAGGUUCAAAAGCUAUGCUGGAUGUUGAAGUUAAUAAUGGACUAUCUGGUGCAGGAUUGGGAAAGCGACCAUCUUGCCCUUUUGUAUGA